CGACCGUUGGAGAGGGAGAAAGGAGGGAGAGAGGGAGGGAGGAGCCUCGGCGGUCACGUGACUCGCGCGCCGUGACGUUGUUCCUGCGCCGGGCAAGAUGGCGGCCCCCAGGAAGGGAAGGAGGCUGAGCUGGACCUGAGCUUUCCACGGCGGGAGAAGUGCCGCCUUUGAACAUAACCAGGUUGGGUUCUUGAGAGUCACAGGGGACCGACGGACCGACCGCCAGCACCAUGCUGAACAAACAGGUGGUGGGGGAAUCUCUGGUCGUGUUCGUGGCCGUCGUGUGGGUCCACAGCGCCGCCUGGGACCGGUUCUCCUGGUGCGCCGUGGCCCUCGCCAUCCAGGCUUUCUACACCCAGUUCAAGUGGGACCACCUCCUCCGGCAGGGCAACGCCGUCUUCCAGUUCCGGACGGGCGCCAACAGCGGCCUGCUCCCGGCGUGCAUGGCUCUCCCGUUGCUGGGGAUCGUGACCAAGGAGAGGUGCCAGGCGGCCGGCAUGGUGUACUUCGAACGCUUCGGCAUCGUGGUGGCCUGCACUGGCAUGGCCAUCGCCCUGUUCCUCUCCGUGAUCGCCCUCGGCAUCACCAAACCGGUGCCGACCAACACCUGCAUCAUCUCUGGCAUCGCCGGCAGCCUCAUCAUCUACACCAUGAAGCAUUCUCUGACCGUCUCCGAAGUGAUCGAGGUCCUCGAAGUCCUGCUCAUUUUUGUCUACCUGAGCAUGAUCCUCUUGUACUUGCUGCCGCGGUGUUUCACCCCCGGCGAAGCCUUGCUCAUCCUGACGGGCAUCAGCUUCGUCCUCAACCAGCUCAUCAAGCGGUCUCUGAACGUCGCUGAGAGCCGAGGCGACCCCAUCGACUUCUUCCUCCUGGUCGUGGUGGUCGGGGUGGUUCUCCUCGGGAUAUUCUUCACCGUCCUCUUCUUCUUCAUGGACUCCAGCACCUGGAUUUCCGCCAUGUUCUUCCACAUGAUGACAGCCGUGCUGGGACUCGGAGUUAUUAUGCCUUGGCUCUACCGCCUGAUCCGACGCAACCCCUUGUUCUGGCUCUACCAGUUCCUCUCCCACACGCAGACCAGAGUCUACCUCCUAGCCUACUGGACCCUUCUGGCCACUUCGGCGUGUGGCGUGGUCCUCUACCAAAACACCAAGAGGGCCUCGGGCUCUAAAAAACACCAAGCUUCCACCGUCACUAGGAAAUACUUCCACUUCAUCAUCGUGGCGACUUACGUCCCGGGGCUCAUUUAUGACCGCCAGCUGCUCUACGUGGCGGCCGUGGUCUGCCUGGCAGUGUUGAUUCUUCUAGAAUACAUCCGCUACUUCACAAUCAAACCCUUCGGGCAGGGGCUAAGACAUUUGCUUUCUCUGUUUCUGGAUGAGCGGGAUAGCGGGCCCUUGAUCUUGACUCACAUCUACCUCCUCCUGGGCUUGUCCCUCCCCGUCUGGCUCUUCCCUAGACCUUGUGCCCCCAAAGGGACCUUACCCGGGGCGGGAGCUUUAGCUCCUUAUUCCGGGGUGCUCUCCGUAGGCGUCGGGGACUCAAUGGCCUCUGUUUUCGGCAGUACCCUGGGAGAAAUCAAAUGGCCGGGAACAAAGAAGACGUUCGAAGGGACCAUGAUGGCCAUCUUUGCUCAGAUCAUUGCAGUCGCCCUCAUCCUGAUUUUCGACACCGCUGUGGACCUGAACGCCAGCUACGCCUGGAUCUUGGCUUCUAUUAGCUUGGUUUCCCUUCUCGAAGCCUACACGACCCAAGUGGACAAUGUGAUUCUGCCUCUCUACCUCCAGAUUCUGCUGAUGACUUAGGACCUGAGUGGGGAUAAAAACGAUCUCUCGGGGGGCGGGGGAAGAUCCGUGCUCAUUUGUGCUUUGGAUGGCUUAAAUAGGGAUCAUUGUGAUGCACAGCGGAUGUCACGGCUUGCGAAGCAGAUCAUUAUGUCCAAACGAUUGCUCUUGGAUGAAAAUCAGUAUUGAAAGUGGGAAUAUGUCAGUGUUUCUGUCUGCAGUGGGCAUUUUUAACUUUAUGUCUGACACCACGCCAGCAGGGAUGACAGUACUGGAGAGUCUCAUAAUUCCCUUUACAUUGAAAGGCGUGUAGAAAGGGAAUGAAAGCAGUAAAAACUCAUCCAGUAGGUCCCCCGUAUCUGUGGGGGAAUCAGGCCCCAGGGUCUUUGGCAGAUGCCGAAAAAUGUGGAAUAUAGCAAAUGCUAUUUUAAUAGCAAAGACGCUACAUAGCAUGGCUUCUGGCUCCCCCUAGUGGCCAUUUUGAAUAAUAUCAACCCUAGAAAUCUAUAUGUCUAAGAUUUUUCUUUUAAUAUUUUUAGACCAGCAAUAAGUGAAUCAGCAGAUACUGAUUCCGCAGAUAAGGGAGUCCUAUUGUAACACAGUUAAUGCACUGGUUUGUAUGGUUGAACAAACAGAAUUUAUUGCGCUAGGCAAGAGGCUUCCUCACGCAGCUGAUGGAAAUCAUAUAUCACCUGCACAAAAACUAUAAAAUGCCACUGUGAAAUUCACAGACAAACUUAAUUUGUUGGCUUUCAUUAACUAGAGCCUCCACCCAGAUAUCAGAAAACAUGGAAAUAUUGAAUGCUAUACAUAGCAUGGUCUCUGGCAUCCUCUAGUGGCCAGCUCUGGCAAAUCCAUCCUGGAAAUACAUAUUUUUUCAUUUAGUCUCUUUAGGCAGUGGAUAAAGGAAUUAGCGGAUACUGAUCCUGCAAAUAGGAAGGGUCUUACUGUAGAUGCAGAGCACAGGCCAGCCCAAAGCACAAUAAACACAAUACUGCUAAAAGACAGAGUAAUUAAACUCGCGUUAAAUGAGCACACAGUCCCCAUUCCAAAAUUUGCUCUUCUGUUGCUUCAGCUGUUUCAAUAUAAACAAACUUCAAAAGAAACGCAACACGUUUGAUAUGGAACUUGCAUUAAAACCAAUUUCCUGACUGGGAAAAAUGAAGGGAAAUUGGUUUUAGCAACAGAUCAGAGCGAUAGCUGUUUUGUUUUAUCUAAAGUAUUCGGAAGAGUUUCUAAGCAAAAUAGUUUUCCAGGUUAAACAGCUGUUAUUUUU